AUGAGAAAAGUUCAAAUGGAAAACGCUCAUGAUGCACAGUCCUUAGCCUAUCCUACACCAUGGACAACGCCGGAAGGUCCACGAAUGACCCUUCAACUACCAACACAACCAGCAGAUAAAGAGGAAAAAGAUGUUCAACCACUUGCUCGAAUGAAAGUUGAGUCAGAUCUUCCAUCACCGUUUCGACAGUCGGUAGUGAUUGAAGCUCCACAACCGACACCAACCGAUGUCCGUACGAAUUACUCCUUAAUUCCUGGUUAUGCUCCACCACCUUUGGAACCAUUUUCAUCGUACAAUGUAGAAAGUAUUACUGGAAUGACAUUACCAACAUAUUCAAACAAUUAUAUUUAUCCACAAGCAAAUUUAAGUUUCACAUCACCACAAGCUCCGCCACUUAAUGGGAAUAUUAUUUUUCAACCGUAUUCAACUACAACAACGCAUUACAUUGACACAACUAACACAUUCGAUCUCAAUACGCAUUACUUCUCUCAAGCGACAUCACCUGAAUGUUUAAAAUGUGGGGCGUCCUGUGGUGUCGAUACACAUGCCAUCAAUGGUGGACCGAUUUGCGAUAAUUGUUACAUUGGCAUGGAAAAACCAACAUAUGCGUUAUAUGCACCUCCUUCUAUCGAACCUCGACAUCCAACCGAAAUGCCCACAGCAAAACCUCGAGGUGGUACCUCACAUAAGAAACCGUCGGCUGCACAAAACUCACAACGAAGGCAAGGUUUGGUGUGUUCAAAUUGUGGUGGAACUAACACAACUUUGUGGAGAAGGAAUGCGGAUGGCGAGCCAGUAUGCAACGCAUGUGGACUCUAUUUUAAACUACAUAAUGUACAACGACCAGCAACAAUGAAAAAGGAAGGUCAACUACAGACUAGAAAACGAAAAGCAAAAUCAGACGGUACAGCAGCAACAAAAAAGAGGGAUCGAUCCAGCAAUUAUACACAAUCCACACAAGCAAUACGUGAUUCUGGAACAUCUUCGUAUCAGUCAUUUAGUUCGAUGGGAUUCUCUAGUCAAAUAGAUACUAGUUAUCCACAAAUGAAUGGAUAUUCUACAUCAUGGCAAACAACUGGUGGAUUAGGGACUUCAGAUGCGAACCAUUCAUCCGCCUUCCAUUCAACAUAUCCCUCACCUUAUGCUCCAUCUAUUCCGAAAAUUUCAGAGGCUCGGCACAUGGGCGAGGAAGAGACUCGUGCCGCAACUCAAGGCCUAGUUGAAGAAACUGCUGAAAGAAAUCUAUGA